UGGAUUAGAUGCUAUUGGACGUGUCUGGGAUCUAAGGACGGGACGAUCUGCUAUGACAAGAGCCUAUUUGAACGGAAAUAGCAUACCCAAAUCUUCCAAAGAAAUCCCAUUAGAAUCCUUGAGAAAGUUGCUAAUACUUUUUAGUGAAAGAUGCGAAAAG